AUGGAGUCCCGAGGAGGGUGGACCCUGCAGGUGGCCCCGAAGACUGCCACUAGGGGCCCCUCUGAGGGGGCUGUGUCUGGAGGCUGGGGGGCCUGGGAAGACUUCACGGAGGUCCCAGAGGAGGCAGGAGAUGGUCAGCAGCAGCAAGCCACGCUGGGGGCGGUGGACGACCAGGAGGGUCCCGGCAGGGAGCGGGAGCCCGCAGACGGUGGGCAGGUGGGGGCCGGGCCCAGGAGCCAGCCUUCAGACCGGGCGCCGCAGCCCUCUCCCCUCCCUGCGAGGCCGGGCUGCCGGUGCGGGGAGUGCGGCAAGGCGUUCAGCCAGAGCUCCUACUUGCUGCAGCACCGGCGCGUGCACACCGGCGAGAAGCCCUAUACGUGCCCCGAGUGCGGCCAGGCCUUCGCGUGGAGCUCCAGCCUCAGCCAGCACCGGCGCAUCCACAGCGGCGAGUGCGGCCAGGCCUUCCGCGGGCACUCGCAGCUCAUCCACCACCAGAAGACACACAGCGGCCUGAAGCCCUUCCGCUGCCCAGACUGCUGCAAGUCCUUCGGCCGAUGCACCACGCCGGUCCAGCACCGCCGCCCGCGCACGGACGAGAAGCCCUACGAGUGCCCAGAGUGCGGCAAGGCCUUCAGCUGGAACUCCAAUUUCCUGGAGCACCUGAAGAUCCACGCGGGCGCGCGGCCGCACGCCUGCCCCGACUGCGGCAAGGCGUUCGUGCGCGCGGCGGGUCUGGGGCAGCACCCGCGCACACGCAGCAGCGAGAAGCCGCUCCCCGGCGCGGAGGGCGGCCAGGCUUUCCGCGGGAGCUCGCAGCUCCUGCAGCACUAGCGCUCACACACGGACUAGCGGCCCUUCGAGUGCGCCGAGUGCGGCCAGGCCUUCGUCACGGGCUCCCACCUGGAGGAGCACCGGCGCGUGCACCACACGGGCGAGAAGCCUCACGCGUGCGCCCGGUGCGGCCAGGCCUUCAGCCAGCGCCCCAACCUGCUCAGCCACCGACUCACGUACACGGGCGAGCGGCCCUUCGCCUUCCGCGGCCGCCCCGAACUGCGCCGGCACCAGCGCCUGCACUCCGGCGAGGCCUUCGUGCGCAAGUCGGAGCUCGUGAGCCACCGGCGCCAGCACACGGGCGAGCAUCCCUACGCUUGCGGCGAGCGCGGGAAACCCUUCAGCCACCGCUCCAACCUUAACUAGCACCGGAAGCGGCACGGGGGCCGCGCUGCGCCCUGA